GCGCAUCUCAGACAUUUUAAUGUUCCAUGGCGAAAUUAAAAAUGGCAGCCCUCAAGGAUGUUGUUUCCUUGUAUCAGAAUUUAAAACGCGAGUGGACAAGAACCCCGUGUAAUUUAAAGAAAUGCGGGGAAUUGCUCAAUCAAUUGAAGGUCGGUCUCACGAAUCUGAUGUUUCUCCCGACAUCAAACAGCACAGCCAGUCAAAAUGAAUUACUCAUUGCCAGAGAUAUAUUAGAAAUCGGAGCGCAAUGGAGCAUUGCUGCUGAAGAUAUACCUUCCUUCGAGCGAUACAUGGCACAGCUCAAGUGCUACUAUUUCGAUUAUAAAUCUGGUUUGAUGGAGUCGGCGUACAAAUAUCAGCUUCUCGGUCUAAAUCUCUUGUUCCUGCUGUCGCAAAAUCGUGUCGCCGAAUUUCACACAGAACUGGAACUCCUGCCGUCUGAUCAGAUACAAUCCAAUGUCUACAUAAGGCAUCCCUUGAGUCUCGAGCAAUACCUGAUGGAGGGUUCGUACAACAAGAUUUUUCUGGCCAAGGGCAACGUUCCUGCUGCGUCCUACAAUUUCUUCAUAGACAUUUUAUUAAAUACUGUUCGCGACGAGAUCGGCGCGUGUAUGGAGAGCGCGUAUGACAAGAUCUCCAUUCAAGAUGCUGCAAGGAUGCUCAAUUUAAACACCGAGAAAGACAUAAAGGCGUUUGCCGCCAAGAAGAAUUGGAAUCUGUCCAAGGACGGUUACUUUUACUUUACCACAAUCAGUGAAAAAAAAUCCGAAGAUCCUAUCCCGAGCUCCGAAUUGGCAGCGCUUGCUAUAGACUAUGCCCGAGAAUUAGAAAUGAUUGUUUAAUGCUUAAGCAUUUUCUCUGUACUUUACAUUUAAAUAAACUAUCACUCUUGUAUAACAUAUAAAGAAAUACAACUUUUUUUGUAAUAUAUU